AUACCAUGAUGUCCACUUCUAUUCUUUCCUACCUGUGAAAACUCGGCGGCCAACAGAUUUUCCUCCAGAGUCCAACCUCUCUCUCUCUCUCUCGAUACGUAGUAGAAUUCUUCACAUCCAUUUCCUCUUCCAAUCUUUCUAGUGAUAAUGGAUUUGUUUGAGGGAAAUUUCGAACUUAAAGAGAUUCAGAAACUUGAAGGUCACACUGAUAGGGUUUGGAAUCUCGCUUGGAAUCCAGCUACUGGAAUCUCUGGAAUUCCUGCUAUGCUUGCUUCUUGCAGUGGUGAUAAAACUGUUCGUAUAUGGCAACAGAACUCAUUCGACACUUCCUGGGAAUGCAAGGCGGUUUUGGAUGAAACACAUACAAGAACAGUUAGGUCCUGUGCUUGGUCACCUUGUGGGAAACUAUUAGCUACUGCCAGUUUUGAUGCUACUACUUCUAUUUGGGCAAAUGUUGGUGGUGAUUUUGAAUGUGUUUCCACUCUUGAGGGUCACGAGAAUGAAGUCAAAAGUGUUUCAUGGAAUCCAGCUGGUUCCCUUCUUGCAACAUGCAGUCGAGACAAAUCUGUUUGGAUAUGGGAAGUCUUACCAGGGAAUGAGUGUGAGUGUCUUUCAAUCUUGCAAGGACACACACAGGAUGUGAAGAUGGUUCAGUGGCAUCCAUUUCUGGAUUUGUUGUUUACUUGCAGUUAUGAUAACACUAUUAAGAUUUGGGCUGAAGAUGGUGAUAGCGAUGACUGGCAUUGUGUCCAAACUUUAAACGAAGCUAGCAAUGGGCACUCAUCUACAGUUUGGGCAUUAUCUUUUAACGCUGCAGGGGACAGAAUGGUCACCUGUAGUGACGAUCUUAGCUUGAAAAUAUGGGAAAGUGACCCCAAAGCAACACCACCAGCUGAAGAUGGCUUUACUCCAUGGAGACAUGUUUCCACUCUCGCUGGAUAUCAUGAUCGAACAAUAUUCUCAGUUCAUUGGUCGAGGGAGGGCAUAAUUGCUAGUGGAGCUGCUGAUGAUGCUAUACGUCUUUUCAUCAGGAAUGAAGAGGUUGAUGGACCAUCAUAUAAAUUGCUGCUUAGGAAGGAGAAGGCCCAUGAUAUGGACGUAAAUGCAGUACAAUGGAGCUCCCAGGGAACUAAGUUACUAGCUUCUGCAAGUGAUGAUGGGACUAUAAAGAUAUGGGAGUUGGCAUCGGUAGCCUGAUCUUAGUUCUUUUUAUCUUUUUAGUAUGUUUUUUUUGGCAGCUACCAUUGGCUUCUGUUACAUAUAGGCCCACGUGGGGAAGUUUCCCAGGGUGAACCUUUAUGAGAAUGAACUCUUCAUUGUAUAAAUUAUCAACAACUAUAUAUACAAAGUUAUUACGACAGGGUUCUGAGUAAUUGUUAACCUUUGUGCGUAAGAUGAUUUGAUUA